GUUUCCACGGGUACAGGAUCACCAGCAGCGGCUCAGUCCGGAGAGACACUGCGCUGACGCACAGAUGAUCUGCGGACUGAAAGUUGAACAACGAACAACCAACAUGAGUGUACGCGUUAGUAAAGUCCACAGAAAUGGUUAAAACUUUUUAACUUGACAAGAACCAACAGUGAGUUGUUGGUUUUCUCACAGGCGCAAAACUCACAUUGCGCCAAUUCACGAGUUUCAGUCUCUGAAGAUGCGCCACGAACUGAGAGGAAGGAUGUCGAUGAGCCUGAUAAAGACACUUAAUCUCAUCACAGGACUGGUCGUUGUUUUCCAGUUUCAACUCACCUUCAUGAAGCUGAAAUCAGUUUAUGGAGUCUACCGCACUGACACACAGGAGCUGUCUCCUCCUGAGGGAAGGUUGGACGUAGUUGGAGGGAACAACGAGCCCAGGGAGAGAGAGAGGUUGGCACCCAGGACCAGGUCUGGGGCCCCUGGCUGGGCUGCAGAUAAGAGGGGCCACUACAGAGACCAGCACCAACCAGAGGAGUCAGAUCCAGACCUGUUGAUGGAGGAGGGACACGACAACUCUACGCAGAUUGUGCAUUUCAAUCCCUACAUUUAUGGACAGGACAUUGAUCACGCCUACUAUACAUCUAAAAUCUACGGCCCUGGAGACGCAGCCAGUAAAGAGCUGUGGGUGAACGUCGAUGAGAUGGAAGAGGAUGAGUGGAAGGUCAGUGGCUUCCUGUCCAGCACCCACAGACAAGCUGAGAGAGUGAACCUUUCCUUCGACUUCCCUUUCUACGGUCAUAUCCUGAAAGAAAUCACCGUGGCAACUGGAGGUUUCAUUUACACUGGAGAUAUAAUCCACCGGAUGCUCACAGCCACUCAGUACAUCGCCCCCCUGAUGGCGAAUUUUGACCCGAGUCUGUCGAAUAACUCGACUGUGUUUUACUUUGAUAACGGCACAGCACUGGUGGUUCAGUGGAACCAGAUUCACCUGCAGGACAACAUCAGUCUGGGAACUUUCACCUUCCAGGCUGUUCUGCACAGUGACGGACGCAUCGUAUUUGUAUACAAAGAGAUUCCUGUAGACAUCAACGACAUCAGCACUGAGAAUCAUCCUGUCAAAGUUGGUCUGUCAGAUGCUUUUGUGGUGCUUCACGAGAUCGAGCAGAUCCCGAAUGUUCGGAGGAGAACCAUUUAUGAGUAUCACAAAGUCGACAUGCUCAAGUCCAAAAUCUCCAAUUCUACAGCUGUGGAGAUGUUACCUCUCCCUACAUGUCUCCAGUUCUCCAGCUGUGGACCAUGUGUCACUUCUCAGAUUGGCUUUAACUGUAGCUGGUGCAGUCGGCUACAAAGGUGCUCCAGUGGCUUUGAUCGUAACCGGCAGGACUGGGUUGACCUCGGCUGCCCGGAGGAGAGAAGAGAUCCCUUGUGUUUCCGAAAGACGGACGUCACAAACGCCACAUCUCACCUCACACACACAACCACUCCUGUUACGACCACAGUGCAGCAGAAGACCUCCAGCAUGACCUCCACCUCCCUCAGCAAGACGUCCACUGUCACCAAACCCUCAAUACACAGCAGCACGAGCAGAAGAACAUCCACUCCACAGCCUCCUACCAGCAAACCUGCAGAAGAUGACACGAAGAUGUCUUUGCACAUCAAUGAACCACCAGAAAAUAAGGAGACCCCCGGGGAGAGUCACGAGCAGCUGCAGAUUGGUCUACUGGCGGGCAUCAUCAUGGUGACGGUCAUCAUGGCAGCAGCUGUCCUCCUGUCUGUCUACAUGUACAACCACCCGACCUCCAGCGCCAGCAUCUUCUUCAUGGAGCGGCGGCCGACCCGCUGGCCAACCAUGAAGUUCCGGCGGGGCUCCGGUCACCCUUCUUAUGCCGAGGUGGAGGCUCCCGGUCAGGACAAAGAUGGCGCGGUGGUCAUCGACCCCAAACAGUCUUUUGUCAUGUCAGACAGAAGAGAGAGUGAACAGAAAGAAGGAUUCAUAGUUCCUGAUCAGAGGGAGCGCUUCCUAGUCUCAGAAAGCUCCUGACCAAAACUACAUAUCCCAGAAGGCUUUGGGACAGAGCUGGUUCUCUGUGCAAGUAAGCAUUCCUUCCUUGAAAUGCUGAGACUUUUUGUUUCCAUUCGGCUGUUGCUUGAGUUCAUUUUUUAAGAAUUCGAGCAUUCAGAGAGGAAAACAUCAAACCUCUGUGAGGAAAUUGUAACUACAGAAUAUCUUAUAACAGUUUGGCUUCAUGUUUGCAUUAGCUCGGUGAGCCAUUGGACUGACUGCAUGACAGAAAAAAGAUAAAAACGUGUUUACUGCAGCAUCACAAAGAGUGAGGUGUGACGGCUGCUGAAUGUUUGUUUUGAGACCAUUUCUCUCAAAGACGGCUGUUAUUUUCCAGAGCCGUUAUGUGUCGUUCCCACACCUUCUUCACAAGGAGGAAUGUCAUAUUCGGGUGUCAUUUCCUCAUCUCAAAAAUACAGACUAAAUUCCUCACCAUUACACCCACCUUCAUCUGAGGGGCAAACAGGGUGCACAGUGUUUUCACUGUUGUUUAUCUCAAUAUUUUCACAGUGAAGUAAAACGUCGGCAAACUUUGAGAAUUUUUCCUUUAUUUUCUGAACUUAAUGAAGGCAGAAAACAAAUAUGUAUACUACAACAUUACAAACAUCCACAGAAAAAUACAGAUCUAUAUUUAUUUUAGACAUGGUGUAGUCUUGCAACGUUUUUCUACGAAUUGUUCCCAUGUAUGUGUAAUCUGUAUAUUUGAUAGAAUGGUAAAACAGUGUAAACUGCAUUCAUUUUAUUUUCUUCAGUAGCUGUACAGCUGAUAUUUUUACUGUCUUUCCAGUCACACUAUUUGUUGAGCUUUAUUCGUCAGCAAGUAAAAUAGACGACUAGUGAUGUUAAAAUUAAAAUGUUAGGAUUGUUUUGUAUACAUGCUGUAUAAUUUAACCAGUUUUCUCACGCUUUGGAAAUCUAAAAAAACUCUCUAAACUCAAAUGUUAGUCAUUUUGUUGUUCUUACAUUUAGUGAGCUGAGGGUUUGAUCAUCAGUCUAAUAAAGUAGUUUAAUCUA